AUGGAUAAUGGAGUAAUGGAUACUGAAAAUACAACUAUAUUAAGAGAUUUCAAUGAAACUCACUCUAAUCAUGAGUGGUCUCCUUUUCUAUGCCAGGGACCUUCACAUUUGCCUACUUUUAAGAUUUCAUUAUAUUUAAACGAUCUUCGGUUCGAUGGAUGUGGGUGUUCAAAAAAAAAAGCUAAAAUAGAUGCAAUAAAGAACUUCAAUUUAUACACUUUAAAUCAUGAUACUAGUUCUAAAGCUAAUGAUACUGUAGAAAGUGAUAUACAAGUUGGGAAAAGAAAAUGUACUGACGAUAUGAUAGAAAACUCACUAUCAAAAAAACUUGCAAUAGAACAUCAAGUGGCUGAACAUCAAAUAUCAGCAAUAUGCAUCCUACAUGAAAUAUUUCCAGGACAAACCUUGAUAUACGAACACGAGCAGUCCCAUGGUAUAUUAGAAACAAUUAGUGUCAUUGUUUCUGGUAAUAAGUACAUAGGUUAUGGGAAAAGUAAAAAAGAAGCAAAAGAAAUUGCAUGUCGUAAUGCUUUAAAAUCCUUGUAUGAUAUGCAGCCAAUAGAUAAUAAGUUUAAAAAUCAAAUAGAAAUGUUGCGUACUGAUUAUAAUGAUGCUAAAAUUAUUGAUCAUUUUGCUAGAAUUACAGAUAUAGUAUACCAAAAAUUAGAAUUUGAUCAAAUCAAAUUUAAAGAAUACUCCGUCAUUGCAAGUAUUAUUAAAAUGACCAAAGAUGAUUUGAAUUCGGCAGAAGUAAUUUGUUUGGCUACUGGUACAAAAUGUUUAUCUGGUAACUAUUUGAGCCUAAGUGGUGAAUCUUUACAUGAUUGCCACGCAGAAAUAUUAACCCGCAGAUGCCUAUUGAAAUUCUUUUAUAAAGAACUCAUGGAAUCAGUGAAAGGCCUUCCUUCUAUAUUUGUCCCCGUAUUUAUCGCAGAUGGUAAAAAAUGUAAGUUCAAAUUAGCAGAAGAUUUAGCAUUUCACUUGUACAUAAACACUGCUCCAUGUGGUGAAGCUAGAGUGUUCAGUUUCUGUGAUACAGAACAACAGUAUAAUCGUUUAAACCGUGGUUUAUUACGAUCAAAAAUCGAAAAUGGUGCAGGCACUGUAUCUGUAUUUGGUAGAGAAGUUCAGACAUACGAUGGCGUUGCUCAGGGUGAACGUCUUGUUACUAUGUCAUGUUCAGACAAACUAACACGAUGGAAUGUACUUGGACUUCAAGGCAAUUUAUUAUCAAAUUUUGUUGAACCCAUCUAUUUAGAAUCAAUAUCAAUUGGAAGUAUGUUCAACAUAAAUCAUAUGAAGCGGACUAUUUAUGGUCGUGUUGAAAACAGUAUUGUUAAAUUACCACAAAAUUAUAAACUACAGAAACCUCAACUUCGUGGUUACGGUAUACUUCCUCGUAGAUCUGUUACACUAUCACCUCACUGUGUAAAUUGGAUUAUAAAUGAAGGAAUUGAAAUUAUUAAAGGAAGUAUGGGUAGAACAGUUGAAAAUAAGUUGUCCAGAGUAUGUAAAACCUCAUUGGCUAAAGAAUAUAUUAAACUGUGUAGUGCUACAAAUAAUUUAUCAACUCUUAUUGAUAAUGAAACAAAUAUAUUUUAUGAUUCAUUGAAAAAUAAAAAUAAGAAUUAUGUAGCUGCUAAAAAUGAAUUAUUAUCAACAUUUAAGUCAUUAAAACUUGGCACUUGGGUACAUAAGCCUGAAGAACUUAAAAGUUUUAAAUUAAAUGUUGGUAAUGCAAUAAAUAAAAUUGAUAUAAUAACAUAA